GGACUGCAUUACUCUCAAAGGAAUUUUGUUUAACAGCAGGAUUAUACAUUGAAGUUAGUCAUGGUUAUUUUUCCAGUUUGUACUUUGGAAAUAUUAUUUGACAUCCCAAACAAUUUUAACAACACUUCACUUUGCUGGCCACUUCUAGGUAAAUUGAAGCAUUAAAGAAGAAAACCCUGAUCCUUCAGAGAUUUGAUUAUUCUGACUGGACCCACUAAACUCAGUAGAACUACUCAGAGUGCUCAGACACAGGCAGUUGUGUCAGUCCUGUGGAGGAGAGAUUUAGUUUGCAGCCCAUCUUUCAGGACAUGGAAAGGUCAGCACACAAAACAUCUGUGACUUACCUACACUUACCUACACUUCCAGGGUUACUGGGAAAAAAUCACUUGUUCUGUUGUGCGGCUUGGGACAGCAUUUCUUAAGUCACAAGGUGUAGGAAGACAAAACCAUCAGCCUUGGGGUUCUGACACAACCAGCACAUUAGGCAAUUAGUUUUGCCUUAGAGGUGUGAAAUAAUACUAGAGAACAAGUUAUCAAUAAACAGCUUCUGUUAAUAACAUAAGUGUGCAUAUAGGAAAUUAUGUCAUAUUCUGUUAGUUUAUGAUGUAGUAACAUAACAGUAGUCCACCUCAGAAGCAGAAAAAAAGCAAAGGUACAGUUUCUUGAGAUGAAGGAUUUACAUCUAUAAAAUAUUUAACUAUACCUGGCAACUAGAAAGAGGACCUACCACUAAAGUUCUCUAAACAAACCACAUUAUUUUCUUAGAAGAUGGGCUCUAGUGCAGCUCUGUGACAGGUAUUGAGGUUUGUUGGACAGGAGAUUAGACUGCGUGAUCAUAACAGUAUUUUCUCUCCUAAAAAAAACAACCCAAAACCAAAACCAAACAACACCAAAACAAACAAACAAACAAAAAAAACAACCGAAAGUAAUUUAGCAAUGCUCAGGUAGGUAUUUUUUGAAGCAUGCUAUAGGGAGAGGUGAAAGCAACUGUCCAAAUGUUCUCACUUUCAGUUUGAGCAGUUUUAAGCAUGUUACCAGCAGCAGCUAUUUGCAGGAGUAUUGCAGAGAUCAGCAGUUCUCCCUCUCACAGUCAGUACUUCCACAGGGUCGUUAUGAGAACACCCCCCAGGAAGUUAAAGAUACACUUGAUGAUAUCUUUCUUUGAUUGCUGCAGCUCCUUUGCCCCUGCAGAGCAAGUGACAGUGCAUGUGCUAUUGGUGAUAACUGGGCAGUGAAUUUGGGCAAAGGUGAGGUGUGGGGUUGGCCCUGUGGACUCCAGCACAGCCACACACCUAUUCCACAAGGCUCUGCCUACAGAAGAGACCUGGAGGCAGAAAUAAGGCAUUGGUGCAGGGAGCAGCUGUAGCAAACUAGGUGCUGGAAGAGGUAGGUGAAGGCCAACAAAUGUUACUGUGUACUUGCUUCCUCCCCCAAAAUACCAUGGUGCUUAUUCAAACUCAUUUAACACACUUGGCUGGUGAAAAACACUUACAUAAAGGUUCAUGUGACUUUUUUUUCCCUUAAUUAUAUAACGAAUGAUUUCAAAAUGAAAUUAUGCUACAAACUGCUGCUGAUGCAGCACUGCGUGGUGGGUCUCUUGACACAUGAAAGAACAACUCACACUCCAAAUAAUGCUUGAGAAGUUAAAGCAAAUACAUUCAUAAGAACUAAGAGAUUCAAGCUGCCAUUUUUUGUUAAUUUAGUGGGAUUGCUGUCAAAUGAAGUUGCAUGAAUCAUUUUCCUCAUACAGUGGAAGUGAUCCAAAAUGCAGUAACAAUAUUAGCUACAAGAAAUGGCUGACAUUUUGGAGCUUGUAUGACUGCAGGCAUUGAUAUGGACAGAGCACUGCCCCACAUCAAGUCUGUUGCAUCCAUGUAACUCUUCCAGUAAUGUAUCCAUCAGAACACUAACCUUUCAAAAAUAGUCUUUCCCCCUGCUUUCAUGUGAAAGCUGGAUUUUGCACUAGUAACUAAAACCACUCUGGAGAGUAAUUUCUUAUGCCAGUUCUGUCUAAGCAUCGAUGAUCUUGACCAUUAACUCAUUCCUUAAAUGUGUUUUCUUACAGUUGUUGUGUCUCCACAGGACUGACUUCCAUGAUGUUGAGAAGAGUCGCUCACGGUGCAAAAGACAUAUUCACUCUUCUGUUGACAAGAUCUCAGAGCUGUAACCCAGGACUGAAGCUUUCAUCAGUAUGGCCUGACAUAACAAACAAAAGCUUCCUAAUACAUUCCAGUUACACAACUGAUACCAAGUCAAAAGAGGAAAAUAAAAAAACCCUCGAGAAUCUCUACAGUUUGUCAGUUGACAUAACUAAGAUACGCAGACUGAAGGAAUGGGUCCUUCUCCAGGAUGUGGCCUAUGUUAAAGAAAUUGCUGGUAUCUUACAGGAAAUGGGAGCAGAUGAGACCACUGUAGCCAACAUUAUAGAACGCUGCCCGGAGGCAAUUCUUCACACCCCAGCAGAGAUAAACUCUCAAAGAGCUUUAUGGCAAUUAGUAUGCCAGAAUGAAAAACAGCUGAUUAGAUUAAUAGAACAAUUUCCAGAGUCUUUUUUUACUACUGAGUAUCAGCAGAACCAGAAGGCAAACAUACUAUUUUUUCAAGAGCUGGGACUUAAGAAUAAUAUAAUCACCAGGUUCUUGACAAGUGCACCCAAUAUUUUCUAUAAUCCUGUUGAGAAAAACAAAACUGUGAUAGAGACAUUACAAAGAAAUUAUUUAAAUUUAGGGGGUUCUGAAGCAAAUAUGAAGAUCUGGAUACUGAAGCUAUUGAGCCAAAAUCCAUUUAUUUUAUUAAAUACUUCCACCGCAAUCCAGGAGAACUUGGAAUUUCUCCAAAAGAAUGAUUUCACUGACCAGGAAGUUCUACAGCUGCUAUCCAAACUUAAAGGCUUCAUUUUUCAACUUAAUUCUACCACUAUGCAGGAGAGUAUGCUUUUCUCCAAAAACACCUUCAAGUGCAGUGAUCAAGAACUAAAACAACUAGUGCUGAAAUGCCCAGCCCUUCUCUACUAUUCUGUUCCAGUUUUGGAAGAAAGACUUGAAGGACUAUUGAAGGAAGGAAUUUCUAUAGCACAGAUUAGAGAGACACCAAUGGUGCUGGAAUUGACAACACAAAUUGUUCAGUACCGAAUUAAAAAGCUCUCUGCAUUAGGAUAUGAUAUAAAGAGUGGAAAUCUAGAAAGCUUGAAUGGUACUAAAAAAGAUUUUGAAGUCACUUAUGGUAAGAUACAAUCAAAGAAGGAGAGACCAAUUUUUAAUCCUGUUGCUCCUCUACACAUUGAAGAUUAAUUUGAAUGCUGUACUUCAAGUUAUGCAAAAGCAAAUUAAAAGGGAAGUUGGUUCUUCAAGAAGAGAUGGAAGAAAAGCAAUCUUAAUCAAGACUGUAGUCUUACAGUGUACUUUGUCCAGGAGCGGGUCUUACGCACAACUUCAGUGUACAAUUGUAGUAUUCUAAUGCUUUCAAAUAAUAUCAUAGAAGUUACAGUUAUGAUAAAGGUGGCCUUUUCCUAAGAGUACCUCAGAUGUGACAUUUUCUUACCUGAUGGGGCAUUAACUGCCUUAGAUUUUCAGCUCUGUCACUGCACAACACCACAGCCCGUGGUACUGAUUAGCACAAUUUUUAUCUGAGGAAGACAAAAGGAGGAUUAUUAUUUUUCCAGCAGUGUUCAUCAAUCUGCUGGUUCACUGUUUUCAGGAAAUGCUCUUGGAGUUCUUUUCCUUAUUGCUGAAGUAGCUUUAGCUCCUGGAUCCUGACCUGCAGCAAGACUUGAUUUCUUGGACAGGAAAGCCCUGUCCUAAGCACAGGGGUGGGACAUGAUGAUUUUCUAUUCAUUGACUGCUACAGUGAGACUCUAGUAUGUUUGUGUACAAACCAUAAUGCAAAGAAGCUACAAGAUAACAACCUUUACAUUUCUGAGAUUUCAAAAUUUACUUAAUUCUCAAAAGGUCUGGAACAGGAGGAAAUAUAUUUCUUGCUACUGUAUAGUCCUUAAUCUCUUCUAGCA